AGAGGUGCCUGUUUGACUGAAGAUCUUUGACAUUCUUUGUCUUUUUCUUGGAUCCGGGCAAUGCCCUAUUUCUUUCUUGAAGGGGUGUAGAGGUAUUCUUUCCUCUUUCACUACUUCCCUUCUUGGCUUUGCUUUUGUAUUUUUUUGAAAUUUUAUUGCAGCCCCUUUUCUCGUCCGGAUCGAAGGCCAAACGAAGUCCGAUCGUACUCAAAUUUUAGUAUGCUGUUCCUCACAUACUCCUCUUCAAAUCCAACGGUCAGUUUCUCGUUUUGAUGCCCGGAAGGUGGUUUUCUUGCUGCGUUUUCAGACCUGCGUUUUUGGGAGUUUUUACUCCAUUUUAUGGUGAAUUGUUGAUUGUUGUUUGUUCCAAGGUUGCUCCUUGAUGAUUGUGUAUGCCUCUAGUGUUUACUAGAGAGGAGANUGUUCCUCACAUACUCCUCUUCAAAUCCAACGGUCAGUUUCUCGUUUUGAUGCCCGGAAGGUGGUUUUCUUGCUGCGUUUUCAGACCUGCGUUUUUGGGAGUUUUUACUCCAUUUUAUGGUGAAUUGUUGAUUGUUGUUUGUUCCAAGGUUGCUCCUUGAUGAUUGUGUAUGCCUCUAGUGUUUACUAGAGAGGAGAACUUGUUGUACCCACUUGGUUCUUGGUGAUUAGUGGAAGUUUAGGUGCCGUUGUUGAGCGGCCGUGGUUUUCUCCCCGAUUUGGGGUUUCCACGUAAAUCGUGUGUUCUUUAUCUUAUUUCCGUUGCUAUCUAUUUGUGGUGGUGGUGCUGAUUUUUGGAGUAUAUUGUGCUUUGUUGUUCAUCUCAUUAAUUUGGGGAAAAGAUUUUAUACGCUUCCGUUGUGUUUUAUUCUGUGCUUCCCCAACAAAAAGCCCUUUAUAUUGCUGCUCCGAUCCUGUCCAAUAAUAUAAUCAAUUCAAGGAAAGAAAGUAGCUGCUGUUUUCUUGCUUUCUUUUUUGUCAUCUAAAAAGCUUCAUACGCCUCCUUUAUGGUCCAUUCAAUGGAAUCGCUUUAACUCCUUCUGAGCCGUUUCAAUUUCUCACUUUGCCUUGAGAUUUCACCGCCAUGCCUGCGAGGCAGAUGAAGGAAUGCCCAGAACAGCAGUUUGUGAUCAGAGCCCAGUUUCGGAGCAGCAACGGAAAGGGCCAGCCGCCGCCGCCGAAUCAAGAACCGGUGAACGGGAAAACCCAGAGCAAGAUAUCCCCUCCGCCGGUUCCGGCGAAGAGCAGAGGGAGGAGGAGGGGGAGGGGCGGCCGGAAAUUGGAUCAAGGCGAGGCCUUUAUGCGGCCAACCUCAAGGCCGUGCACGGCGGCUGCGGCGGCGGCGCACAAGCCGGACGAAGGUGGGGUUGUGGUUGAAGUAUCUGAUUUGGGGUUUCCAUGCUCUAGCAAGUCUUUGAGCUUUGCCUCUAGGCCUGGCUAUGGAACUCUUGGGGUUAAGUGCAUAGUGAAGGCCAACCAUUUCUUAGCAGAGCUACCCGACAAGGACUUGAACCAGUACGAUGUCACUAUUACACCUGAAGUCUCAUCAAGAACAGUGAACAGAGCUAUAAUUGCAGAGCUGGUGAAACUAUACAAGGAAUCAGAUUUGGGGAUGAGAUUACCUGUUUAUGAUGGGAGGAACAGUUUGUACACAGCUGGAGAGCUUCCAUUUUCAUGGAAGGAAUUCACCAUUAAACUCAUUGAUGAAGAUGAUGGAAUCAAUGGUCCAAAGAGGGAAAGGGAGUACAAAGUAGUGGUAAGAUUUGUAGCAAGAUCAAACUUGCACCAUAUGAACCAAUUCCUUGCGGGUAAGCGGGCCGAUGGCCCACAAGAAACUCUUAAAAUUCUGGACAUUGUGUUGAGAGAGGCAUCAAUGAAGAGGUAUUGUCCGGUGGGAAGAUCGUUUUUUUCACCGGAUUUCCGGAAACCUCAGCGGCUUGGGGAUGGUUUAGAGGCAUGGUGUGGAUUCUACCAAAGCAUUAGGCCUACUCAGAUGGGCUUAUCCUUGAACAUUGAUAUGGCGUCGGCUGCAUUUAUUGAAGCCCUUCCGGUUAUUGAAUUUGUUGCCCAACUUUUGGGAAAAGAUGUGUCAUCAAAGCCAUUGUCGGAUGCUGAUCGCAUUAAGAUUAAGAAGGCUCUUAGAGGGGUAAAAGUGGAAGUGACACACAGGGGUAACGUUAGACGAAAGUACCGAGUUUCCGGAUUGACUACGCAGCCCACCAGAGAACUUGUGUUUCCUGUUGAUGAAAACUCAACCAUGAAGUCUGUGGUUGAGUAUUUCCAAGAAAUGUAUGACUUCACUAUUGCAUAUACUCAUCUCCCUUGCCUUCAAGUAGGGAACCAAAAGAAAGCCAAUUAUUUACCAAUGGAGGCGUGUAAAAUUGUGGAAGGCCAACGGUAUACUAAAAGAUUAAGUGAAAAGCAAAUCACUUCUCUUCUUAAGGUCACUUGCCAAAGACCAAGGGAUCGCGAAGCUUCCGUUUUGCAGACGGUGCAACACAAUUCAUAUGAUCAAGAUCCAUAUGCAAAUGAAUUUGGCAUUACAAUAAGUGAAAAAAUGGCUACUCUUGAAGCCCGGGUUCUCCCUGCUCCUUGGUUAAAAUUCAGUGAAAGUGGGAAGGAGAAAGAUUGCUUGCCUCAUGUGGGGCAGUGGAACAUGAUGAAUAAGAAAAUGAUCAAUGGGAUGACCGUUAACCGAUGGGCAUGCAUUAACUUCUCUAGAAGUGUCCAAGAAAGCAUUGUCCGUGGAUUUUGUAAUGAACUGGCUCAAAUGUGUCAAGUAUCCGGCAUGGAGUUCAACCCAGAACCAGUAAUUCCAAUCCAUGCAGCUCGCCCUGAACAAGUUGAGAAAGCAUUGAAACAUGUUUACCAUUCGUGUAUCAACAAGCUAAAGGGGAAAGAGUUGGACCUUUUAUUGGCCAUCCUUCCAGACAAUAAUGGGUCUUUAUAUGGUGAUAUAAAGAGGAUAUGUGAGACCGAUCUCGGGCUGAUAACUCAGUGCUGUCUUACAAAAUAUGUCUUUAAAAUCAGCAAACAGUAUUUGGCUAAUGUCUCAUUGAAGAUCAAUGUCAAGAUGGGUGGUAGAAAUACGGUCUUAAUGGACGCGGUCAGCUGUAGAAUUCCUCUAGUGAGUGAUAUCCCAACCAUCAUCUUUGGUGCUGAUGUCACUCACCCGGAGAACGGAGAGGAUUCGAGCCCUUCAAUUGCUGCUGUGGUAGCUUCGCAGGAUUGGCCAGAGGUGACAAAAUAUGCAGGCCUUGUUUGUGCUCAAGCUCAUAGGCAAGAACUUAUCCAAGAUCUUUACAAGACAUGGCACGAUCCGGCGCGUGGAACUGUUAGUGGUGGCAUGAUAAGAGAUCUCUUAAUCUCCUUCAGAAAGGCAACUGGCCAGAAGCCACAAAGGAUAAUCUUUUACAGGGAUGGUGUGAGUGAAGGGCAAUUCUAUCAAGUCCUACUCUUCGAGUUAGAUGCGAUUCGGAAGGCUUGUGCGUCUUUGGAGCCAAAUUACCAACCACCGGUAACAUUUAUCGUGGUGCAAAAACGGCAUCACACCCGGCUCUUCCCAAACAAUCAUAAAGACCGUAGCAGCAUCGAUAAGAGCGGGAACAUAUUGCCCGGUACGGUCGUAGAUUCAAAAAUCUGUCACCCUACGGAAUUCGAUUUUUAUCUUUGCAGCCAUGCUGGAAUCCAGGGUACGAGUCGACCGGCUCAUUACCAUGUUUUGUGGGACGAGAACAACUUCAGCGCGGAUGGGAUUCAGUCGCUGACAAACAACCUUUGUUAUACGUAUGCGCGGUGCACCCGCUCGGUCUCUGUUGUCCCGCCGGCUUAUUAUGCGCAUCUGGCGGCGUUCAGGGCGAGAUGCUACAUGGAACCGGAGGUGUCGGAGGGCGGAGUAGGCGGCAAGAACAGUAAAGGCGGCGGCAGCGGCGGCGGAGGAGGAGUAAGGGCGCUGCCGGCGCUGAAGGAAAACGUGAAGAGGGUCAUGUUUUACUGCUAGGGAAUGGGUGAAUGACAUGUGGAAUAAAUGAAAUGUUGUAAUAAUAGAGUUAUUAAUUUAGGAUCCAUAAAAAAAAAGCAGUGAUCAAAAAAGAAUGUGGUGUGUAGUUUGUGUAUAUUCCAUCAGUUGAAACAUCUUUGCAUGGGCUGGAGAUCACUUUUGUGUAAAUGGCAGCUUCUCUUUCUUUUCUUUUAAUGGUCAUGAGUUUAGUGGUU